UUAGUGGUAGGUCAUUGUGGAAUUUUCGAUAUGCAUGUAAAUAUGCACUUUGACUGGCUUUAAUAAUCAGUCCCCAGACAACUCCAAAGUUGAAACCAUUCAUAAUUUUUAAAGAUGAGCCUUGAACUGGAAUGAGGAAACAUGGAUUGAUGUUCCAAGUCAGCAGCACAUUAGGGAUGAAAAAUGAACAGUUUGGGAAAGUUGGUCUCCAUGAUCCUCUCGGCUCGUGUAUUCUGUGAUUCUAAAUUUAAUUGUUUUGGAUGUACCCGUUCCAUCCCUGUCUUAGGUGCAGUUCCCCCUGGAGGGAUGGGAUUGGCCAAUGAGAGUUCCCUAAUGGAUUUCAUCCUUCUAGGCUUCUCAGACCACCCUCGUCUGGAGGCUGUUUUCUUUGUAUUUGUCCUUUUCUUCUAUCUCCUGACCCUUGUGGGAAACUUCACCAUAAUCAUCAUCUCAUGUCGGGAUCCCCUUCUUCACACCCCGAUGUACUUCUUUCUCAGCAACCUCUCUUUACUGGACAUCUGCUUCACUACUAGCCUUGCUCCUCAGAUCUUAGUUAACCUGCGAGGACCAAAGACCAUCACUUACGGUGGUUGUGUGGCACAGCUCUAUAUUUCUCUGGCACUGGGCUCCACUGAAUGUAUCCUCUUGGCCGUCAUGGCCUUGGAUCGGUACGUUGCUGUCUGCAAACCCCUCCACUAUGUAGUCAUCAUGAACCCACGGCUAUGCCAACAGCUGGCAUCUAUCUCCUGGCUUAGUGGUUUGGCCAAUUCCCUGAUCCAUGCAACUUUUACCUUGCAAUUGCCUCUCUGUGGCAACCAUAGGCUGGAUCAUUUUAUUUGCGAAGUACCAGCUCUCCUCAAGUUGGCUUGUGUGGAUGCCACUGUCAAUGAAUUGGUGCUUUUUGUUGUUAGUGUUCUGUUUCUUGUCAUUCCACCAGCACUCAUCCUUAUCUCCUAUGGCUUCAUAACUCAAGCCGUGCUGAGGAUCAAAUCAGUAGAGGCAAGGCACAAAGCUUUCAGCACCUGCUCCUCCCACCUUACAGUGGUGAUUGUUUUCUAUGGCACCAUAAUCUACAUGUACCUGCAACCCAGUGAAAGCUAUGCCCAGGACCAAGGGAAGUUUAUCUCCCUCUUCUACACCAUGGUGACCCCCACUUUAAAUCCUAUCAUCUAUACUUUAAGGAACAAGGAUGUGAAAGAGGCUCUGAGGAAACUUCUCUCGGGAAAAUUGUGAUUCCUGUGGACAUGAUAUGCAAGG